CAGAUCAGGUGAACGGAACAGCUUCUAAGUCACAACCACAAUUUACACACUCUUCAUCAAGCAGAGAAUAGAAGUUAUACCUCACGCGUGAGUGUGACUGAUAUGAGAGAUUGGGAGACUGAGACAGAGGCACAGAGCUUAGGUUUACCAGAAGGUCCAACCGGAAAAGGGGCAAUGCUUCCACAGUUCAACGUCCGAUCCGAUGACUUUAGGGUUUCCACUUCAAACCAAGAACUCAAGAAGCGUGUGAGAGUAAAUGACGAACACACUCAGACCCUCAUAGAGUCACCAUCUCACAGCCGGAGUCCGGAGAGAUGAAGUGGUCAAGAGAGGCGGAGAGAUUUGGAACAGAGGGUGAGAGUAACUGAGUAAGGUCAGCGAAGAGAGUAGUCGGAGAAUCAGAGUAGAGAGAUAGAGAAGGAGGCGGAAAUGGGUUAGGGUUUAUUAGGGGAGUAUAUAUAUAAAUAUAUAUGGGCUGGGUACUGGGCUGGGGGUUCGGGUUUUCGGACGGGUCGGUUGGGCGAAACCCAAAUCCUACCCGGCCCAAUAAUAUCCAGGCCUUAGCCUGGCGGGUUUUCGGGUUUCCAUUUCGGGUCGGUUGACCCUACCCGGUCGGGUAAUAUCCGAAAUAUCCGAUCGGGUAUUCGGGUUGGGUCGGUUUAUGCUCAGCCCUAUAUACAGGCAAAGCAAAAUUACAAAAGUACUUCGUAUGACUUUAUUAGUUUAUACUCGGUUACCUCUUCCCAGUUACACUUACCCGACCCGUCCAAUUACAGUUACUCGAUCCGUCAAGUUACAAUUACCAACUCAUCCAGUUACAGUUACCCGACUCAUCCAGUUACAGUUACCCGACUCGUUCACUUACAAUUAAUCAUUUACCGGACCCGAAUUCCAGUUACAAUUACCUGACUCGUCCAGUUACAGUUACCCAACCCGUCCAGUUACAGUUACUCGACCCGUCCAGUUACAGUUACCCGACCCGUCCAGUUACAGUUACCUGAUUUGUCCAGUUACGGUUAAACGACACACUCAGUUACAGUUACAUGACUCGUUUACUUAUAAUUACCCAAUUACCAACCCAGUUUGAUAGUCAUCAACGCUAGCCGCUGCCACCGGUAACCACUGAUGACCACCACAAGCAACCGCCAACCACCAACAACCGCCACCACUGCCGGCCACCAACUCAGACCACCACCGGCAACCGCCGCCGCCGCCAGCAACCGCCACCACUGCCGGCCACUGCCUCGGACCACCGCCCCACUCCCCAUCCCCCUCCCGCAGCCCCAAUCCCUGCACAGUCUUAUUCCACCACCACACCACACCCUCCACCGCCGUCUGCGACAUUUGACUCUACCGGCAACCCAAGCGCUCCAACCAGCCCGCCAGCCCAUCACAGGCCACCACCGUGACCUGCCCCAUCACUACCCCAGAAAUCCGGCGACUCCACCGGCCCUGGAACAGUUCCAGUGUCCAAUAGCCCCGCCAUCUCUGGUCACCAGAGCACAACCACGUCCCGACCCCAGCUGUCACAGCCCCACCACCGCGCCAUGCGUCCUCCACUACCCCGCCCCUUACCCUAAACACCAUCGUCGAUCCAAAUCUGCAGAUUCGAAAUCCAGAUCUAAAUUCGACGGUCGGAAAUGUUCCUUUGGUGAUCGACACGAAGAAGACAGUAGCCGCCCAUACGAAGAUGAAGACAAUUGUGCUCCACAUCUCCGGCAAAGCUAUUGCGGCCCUACCGCCUCCAAAAAUCGCAGCAAAAGAAAGAAGGAAGAAGAAGAAGUCAGCGGCGCAGCUAAUCUUCUGGAGCAACCUGGUGCUGCGACGACCUGCAGGUGAGGAACCACCGUGCGACUUUGAAGAAAGAUGAUAAGGAGCUGCAAGAUUGGGAGUAAGUACUGACGACGGGAAUUUUGAGAAGAGGAAGGAAGAAUAAAUGGGGCUAAUUCGGCCACUUUAGAAACAUUUGGUCUCAUUUUUGUCCUAAACAAAACUUGGUUCCACUUUUGUCUACUGAAGAGUCCUGAGUAUUAGUUUAGACAUUAUUUCAUAAUAAAAUACACGCAUAUUACUCCAAAUAAGACUAAAAAUGUUUGAAAAUUCUAAAACUGGAAUGUCAUGUUUUUAUUCCCAAAAUAGGAGUAAUUACUGUCAUCUUUUGGCUG